AUGGUCGCGCGCUCGCUGGCGUUGCACAGGCAUGUGGAGAAGGCCGAUCCGCAGCGUGAUCGGCGGGUCGAGUCGAUCAAGGUGCCGGAGGAUCACGUCUGGGGAGCCGAGAACGACACGACACCUCUGGUGUAAGCGAUCAUGGAAAAGGUGAGGUUUCGUCUUUCCGCUCAUCUUCUGAUCCAGGUCGUGAGCAGGCGGCUGAUCUCGCCGUUCUGCACUGCAGGUUUCAACUUCGAACCGAGUUCUCGUCGUGUGCGGGGGGUCAAAUGCAAUAGUUCCGACCUCGCCCGGUCAGGUGGGCUCCAAGGACCACUGCGCCGAUGUGGUCGCCCUCUUCCCACACGCAAACACGCCGAAGAAGGUCGAGGCAUAG